AUGAAGGUCCCGCGCGAUGUUCUGCUGCUUGCGGCGGGAGCUCUUGCUGCGUUUGGUGUUCUGUCUGCAGGCACCUGGACGCAUCGCCAGCUUUCUCAGUCGCCAAAAGUUGGAUGGGCCUUGAUCGUACAGCUGCGCUUCAAGGAUAUUUCUGUCCGAGACGAGUUCCUUUCCUUUUGGACAGUGCUUGCUCGAUAUGUGAGAGACAAUGAGCCCUUCACGACGUUGUUUCAAGCCAUCCAAAGUGACAAGGAUCCGUUGCUGGUGAUUGUGGACGAGCGAUACACUUCGAAAGACCUGUACACAGGUGCACAUAGAAGCAGCGCGGCCUUUGCAGAGUUCCGCCCAAAGAUGAAGAAGCUGCAAGAUGAAGGGCAACUGGAAGUUACUGGCGAAAGUGGCUUCGCCAUUGAUUUGGCUUAA